CGCGAUUGGCUGCACCGCCUCACGUGACGCCAGGCUGGCGGCGGCGGCGGUUGCCCGGGUGACGGCUGCAGAGGUGGCAGCCCCGCUGGGUGAGCGCAAGUGUCCGCGCCGGAGCAGCAGAGAUUUUUGCUGAAUUAAUUACCAGUAACAGUUCAAUAUGGGGGACAUUCUGGCUCAUGAAUCUGAAUUACUUGGACUAGUGAAAGAGUAUUUAGAUUUUGCUGAAUUUGAAGACACCUUGAAAACAUUUUCAAAAGAAUGCAAAAUAAAAGGAAAACCAUUAUGUAAACCAGUAGGCGGAUCUUUCAGAGACUCCAAAUCAUUGACAAUUCAGAAGGAUCUUGUCACUGCGUUUGACAAUGGAGACCAGAAGAUAUUCUUCGAUCUGUGGGAGGAGCACAUUCCCAGUUUCGUCCGUGAUGGGGAUUCCUUUGCCCAGAAGCUGGAAUUCUAUCUCCACAUCCAUUUUGCCAUCUAUCUUCUGAAGCACUCUGUGGGGAGACCGGACAAAGAGGAGCUGGAUGAAAAGAUUUCUUAUUUCAAAACCUACCUGGAGACCAAAGGGGCAGCCUUGAGCCAGACCACAGAGUUUCUUCCUUUCUAUGCCCUUCCUUUUGUUCCCAACCCUAUGGUGCACCCCUCAUUUAAAGAACUCUUCCAGGAUUCCUGGACUCCAGAGUUAAAGGUGAAGUUGGAGAAGUUUCUAGCUUUAAUAUUUAAAGCCAGCAACACACCAAAACUCUUAACAAUAUAUAAGGAGAGUGGACAAAGUAACAAAGAAACGUUGCAUCAGCUCCACCAGCAGCUGGUUGAAGCGGAACGUAGGUCAAUGACAUACCUCAAACGGUACAAUAAGAUCCAGGCAGACUACCACAAUCUCAUUGGAGUCACAGCAGAGCUGGUGGAUUCUCUAGAGGCCACAGUCAGCGGCAAAAUGAUCACCCCUGAGUACCUCCAGAGCGUCUGUGUCCGCCUGUUCAGUAACCAGAUGCGACAGAGCCUGGCACACAGUGUGGACUUCACGAGGCCUGGGACGGCAUCCACCAUGUUGCGAGCCUCCUUGGCACCUGUGAAAUUGAAGGAUGUCCCAUUACUGCCUUCCCUGGAUUAUGAGAAACUGAAGAAGGAUUUGAUUUUGGGGAGUGACCGCUUGAAAGCCUUCUUGUUGCAGGCUCUGCGCUGGCGCUUGACCACAUCCCAUCCUGGAGAGCAGAGGGAGACCAUUCUGCAGGCCUACAUCAGCAAUGACCUCUUGGACUGUCAUAGCCACAACCAGAGGAGUGUGCUUCAGUUGCUGCACUCCAAGAGCGACGUGGUACGGCAGUACAUGGCCAGGCUCAUCAAUGCUUUUGCGUCACUGGCAGAAGGUCGCCUCUACCUUGCCCAGAACACAAAGGUGCUACGGAUGCUGGAGGGAAGGCUGAAGGAGGAGGACAAGGACAUCGUCACCAGGGAGAACAUUCUUGGGGCCCUGCAGAAGUUCAGCCUCAGGCUGUUUCUUCCCAGACGCCCGCUGCAGACAGCAAUGAUUCAAGAUGGCCUUAUCUUCUGGCUGGUUGAUGUUCUGAAGGACCCAGACUGCCUGUCUGACUACAUGCUGGAGUACUCGGUGGCUUUGCUCAUGAACCUCUGUCUCCGCAGCGCAGGGAAGAACAUGUGUGCCAAGGUGGCAGGCCUCGUGCUCAAAGUCCUUUCGGAUCUUCUUGGCCAUGAAAACCACGAGAUCCAGCCGUAUGUGAAUGGAGCUCUGUACAGCAUCCUUUCUGUUCCAGACAUUCGUGAGGAAGCAAGAGCAAUGGGAAUGGAAGACAUCCUACGCUGCUUCAUCAAAGAAGGCAAUGCCGAAAUGAUCCGCCAGAUAGAAUUCAUCAUCAAGCAGCUUAAUUCCGAAGAGCUACCAGAUGGUGUUCUUGAAUCUGAUGAUGAUGAAGAUGAAGAUGAUGAAGAGGAUCAUGACAUCAUGGAAGCCGAUCUGGACAAAGACGAACUGAUCCAGCCCCAGCUUGGAGAACUCUCAGGAGAGAAGCUUCUGACCACGGAGUACCUGGGGAUCAUGACCAACACAGGGAAGACGAGGCGGAAGGGGCCGGCCGGUGUGCAGCGGAGCGGGGAUGAGCCCCUGCGAAGGCCCGUCACCCCCAGUGGCCACAGAAACGGGUACCCAGUGCUGGAAGACCAUCACACACCUCCCCAGAUAGCCCGACAUGCCAGGAACGGCUGUCCACAGGCCCUGCCAAACACCCACGAGGCUGUCUACAGGGCGGGCAAGCUCAGCACCCCCGAGUCCCGCAUUUCCUCUUCAUUGGCCAUCAACGCCAGGCCCGGAGAGUGGUGGCCGAAAGGAUGUCAGGAAGAGCCUCGCCCGACCCCCACGGGGACCCCCAGCCAGCCAAGGGAGUUGCCCCAGGACCCAGACAGGGGAGAGACCACCAGGGAAUGUACAUCAGCCUUCACCUGCAAACCCCGCACCCCCAGCACUCCAGAGAUACCGAACUGGAAGCCACCCAAGGCAAAGGUGUCAGUCCUGGCUCCUCCGCUCUCUUCGUGUGGCCCCCAGCAGGCCAGCCACCCCUGCUCCACAGCGUCCUCCACAAGGGGCCUGCCGAGCAGCCAGUCUCACAGGAAGUGAGGAUGUCCCUGAGUGUCCCCAUCACGUUGCUGGAGGACCAGCCAGCUUCCCGCUCUCAUCUGGCAGCAGCUGCGGGUGAUGAACGUGAAGGGACACUUGUCCACCAGACUCUGGGAGCCGAGGGGAGACUGGCUGUCCAGGCAGCACCAGAGCAAAGCCAUCGAAGCCCCGCCGGGCAGGUCACUUCCAACCGGGACGAGCCUUGAAGGAGGGCUGAGCAGAACCUGGCACUGACCUCCUGGAGAGGGGAGUUUCCUGUUCACCUUUCACACACACAGGAGAGGGGGUGGCUUUUGCCCUCAGGAGACCUUCUGGCCCCAGAAGCAGCAGGUGCUGGAUUUGCAGCCGGGGCCCUCCAGGCCGCAGCGGGCGACAGUGCGGGGCCAGCCUGGAGCGGGGCCUUUCCAAGGCUGCUGACGCCAGCUCUCCUCACUCAGGCCGACCACCGGGACCCAGAAGGAACUUAGGGUGAAGCUCAUUCUCAAGCCUGCGCCUCAGCAGCAAAGUUGGUGUUUUCUUCCUCUGUUAAAA